AUGCUGGAGGUGUGCUUUGUCGAUCAAGUCGUGCGAAGCUGGUCGGAGCAAGUGCUGGAUGUCAAGUUGUGGGAUACCCGAAGCGGUGGAAAGUCGGGAGAUAAAGUGGUCAGGGAGUAG